GCGCAUGCUCGUCAACUCGCUUAGUUCUCACGACUGGGUACAGGUGGCGCUGCUGUUUCACUGCAAGUGCAUAAAACUGUGUAUUAUUAUUGUUGUACUUUAUUGCAUUUAUUAAAAUCUAGAUAACUAAGGUUAGAUAGACGUUAAAAUCUAUUUAAACAUGGAUUCUGAUACUGAAUUAUUUGAAGACGAGGAGGAGAUUCUUGUAUAUGUCGAAUUUGAAGGAUUUGUUAAUAAUAAUAUAUUUACAAAUGGACAACUUCAAUUAGAUAUGGUUGGAAUAGAUACGGAUCAUCCUAUAAUGCAAAUUGAUGGAAGGUUUUAUGAAGGUACCUACGAAGACGUUGUAGGAACUUUUAUGUUUUUUGAAAAAGAUGACAAGCCCAUUGUCGAUGAUCCCAUAUUCGAUCAAACUCCAACAUUAAAAUAUUUUGGAAAGACUAGAAAGGUAUUAAAAAUGCAAAGGGUAUUUGUCAAACAGAGGACUGAAGUUCUUGGAGAUUCUGAACAUAGUAAAUGUAUUCCAAAUAAAGAUACAAUUAAACAGGCUGGUGUACCACCUAUGUAUCAAUCACAAGCACUUUCCUUUUGGAAGGAUAUAAGAGAUAACAGAAUAGAUGCUUUAUGUGCCUAUUUGGAAAAACAAAAAAUUCGAGAGGAAAAGAAGUCGCAAGGUAUUGCAUUAGAUUCAGAAUCUGAUGAAGAUAAUCCAUUUGCUAUGUAUAAAUAUAAAGAAGAACAUAAAAACGAGAAGAACUUGGAAAAUAAUAAUACCAAUUUAAUUGUGGAUCCAGUCAAGUCUUCUACAAAUGAAACAGUUUUACAAGAAGAAGGAAAUAACGAAGAAAUUAUAAAAGAUAAUCUUAAUGUAUUAGAACACAUCAAUCCUGAACCAUCUACUUCAAAAGCUAGUAAUUUCUCUAUUGAUACAAAUAUUAAAAAAUGCAAAUCUGUUAAAGUAAUUAGAAAAAAGAAAGAACGUACUGUUAAAAGUAAAUCAACAAAAAAACAGAAAAAGAAAUCAACAAUUGUAGAAGAUAAAUCCAUACAAAAUAAUGACAAUCAUAAUACAGAAUCAACACUCUUAACAUUGGAUAACAUUCCUGAAGAUUCUAUCAUGAAUACUGAAGUGAAUAAUUUAGUCAAUAUUGUAAAAAAUACUUCUAAUAUUACGGAUGAUGUAGAGACAGAUAAAGAUACUAAUAAAAAUGUUAAUACGGAUGAAAAGAAAAUGGAAAUCGUUAAUGAUCUUAUAGAAGAUGAUGUUGUUGAUAAAAAGCAUAAAAAAUUAUUAAAACGUGAGGCAAAAAUGAAAGAAUUAUCAGAAAAAUUAAAAUCCGUGGCAGAAGAAUUUGUCAAAGCAAAUAUAAAUCAGUGACAAGGUAUAAUUAUAAGUAACACAUAAUUUAAUAAAUAAUAAAAUCUACUGUUGAGAUUGAUCUUUCCAUUCAAGAAAGAUUAUUUUAUAUAUAGAUUACAAACAUAAUUAAGUUAUAUUGUUAAAUAUAAAAUACUGCACUGAACUAGCCGACCAGCUUAGAAUAACAAAAUGGCUAUAAAUAUUUUUUUUUUUUUUUUUUUUUUUCAAUACGUAUAUAGCCAAUAAAAUCUAGUCAAUAAACCUUAAAAUUAUAUAAUAUUCUUGCUGGUAAUUAAGAAAAAUAGAUUGAAGUUUGUAUUGGAAAAGAGGAUUCAAUUUCUUAUUUGUCAAACUAUGGAUUGUCCAUGUUCUUCACCAAUCUAAAUCACCAGGUAGUUCAUCAGGAUAUUCUCCUGUCAAACAAGCAGUGCAGUGACCAAUGUAACUGCUUUCUUUAUUAUCCAUGCCAUGUCUAACAGCUUGAAUAAGUCCUUUGACAGAAAGAUAUGUCAAACUAUCAGCACCAACAUAUUUGGCUAAUCUUACAUUGUCCAGUUUAUUCGCUAUUAACUCUUCUCUCGUUGGAAUGUUUAUUCCCAUAUAGCAUGGAUAUUUUAAAGGAGGCGAUGCUACUUUGAUAUGAACCUUGUAAAUAAAUAUAAAAAUGUAUAUAUAGACACAUAUAUAACAUUAGAAAUAUAUAAUAAACAUGAUUCGGAAAAUCGUUCCUUUAUAUAUAUAUAUAUGUAUAUAUAAAAGUAAAAAUAUUUUACUUCUUUUGCUCCUGCAUCUCGCAGAAGUUUUAUAAUAGGUCCAAUUGUGUUUCCUCUAACAAUAGAAUCAUCAAUGAGAAUUAGUUUCUUUCCUUUAACAUUUUCAGAUAAAGCACCAAAUUUUUUUGCAACUCCUAAUUGUCUUAAUCGUGUACUAGGUUGAAUGAAUGUUCUUCCAACGUAUCUAUUUUUGCAUAAUACUUCGGCGAAUGGUAUUUGAGACUGAAAUAUAUAAAUUAUAUAUGUGUUUAAUAUCAAUAUAUAUAUAUAUAUAUAUAUAUAUAUAUAUUUCCUGUUAAUUUUAUACAAUAAUAAAUAAUUUAUUUAUAUAACUCACCUGUCUAGCAUAACCAUGUGCUGCUGCUGUACCAGAUUCUGGUACAGAACUAACUAUAUCUGCAUCUACUGGAGAUUCUAUUGCUAAUACACGACCACAUUGCAUACGAACCGAAUAUACCAUUUGUCCUAUCAAAAGAUAAAAUUUAUAAAUUAACAUUAUUUUACAAAAAAUUUUAUUGAAGAUAUUAAUGUCAAUAAUUGUUACCUUCAAAAAUACUGUCACUACGAGCAAAGUAAACAUAUUCAAAUAUGCAGAAUGCUUGUGGCUUAUUGUCUGGUCUUUCUACAAUAUCAAUCGUUUUAAUACCUUCGCGUGUUAAUUCCACAAUUUCACCUGGGAAAACUUCACGAACAUAUCUUGCACCAAUGCUUAAGAAACCACAAGACUCUGACGAGAUUACCCAACCUUCGGCCUCGUCGUCAUCGUCUGAAUCAUCUCCUGCUAAAGUUUUAAAAUAUAAAAUUUAGUAAUUAAUUUUUUUUUUUCAUUAUUUUUUUUUUUUUAUUUUUUGUUUUUUAAAUAUAUGUAUCAUACCAAGCUUGCCAAUGGGUACUAUUUUUCCCAAACACAAAGGUCUAUUUCCAUAUGGAUCUCUAACACCAUAAAUUUUAUCUCUUUGCAUGAUUACCAAAGAAUAAGAUAAUGGUGCUAAUUGCAUGAGAUGUUUAAUACGUGCUGGCCAAUCUGGGCCAUUAACUUCACCUUCGGGAGGAUUUAAACAUAAAGCUUGCGUUAUUAAUUCAGAAUCUGAAUACGUUGAAAGGCCAACACCACGGCCUAAUACCUAAUUAAAAUAGGCAAAAUUGACAAAGUUAAAAUUAAAAAUAAAGGAAAUAAGAUAUAUUA